AUGGGAAUUCCAUGCUUGCAUGCAUUGGCAUGUAUCCAAACAAGGCGGCUAAACUAUGAAGACUUCGUCCACCCAGCUUACCAUGUUCAGACAUAUGCUAAGUCUUAUGCCCCACCAUUUAGAGGUAUGCCUGGUCAGACCCAAUGGGAAGUAACACCAUACCCUGGUCCAUUGCCACCUCCUUACAGGAAAAUUCCUGGUAGGCCUAGCACACACAAAAGAAAAAAGGCAGCUGGAGAAGAUGAGGAUAAACAGCCUGUCAAAAGAGCUAAAAGGCAGAACAGGUGCAGCAGAUGUGGUGCUCUUGGGCAUUACAAACCUAAGUGCCCAAUGCCUCCUCCACCUGGUGCUACUGGAACACAGCUUAUUGUGUGA